AUGUCUUUCUUUAGCAGCCCUGCCGUCCCUGCUCGCAUAGAAUCUGACCAGGUCAUCCCCUUACACGUCUGGGAUGAGAGUCCUUUGUAUCGAAGAAUUGCACUGUACAAUCUUAAAGUUUUCGAUGAUGUCCUUGACCCCGAAAAGCUGCGUCGGAGUCUUGAGACGUUAGUUUCACAAAAGACGUGGCGGAAAUUAGGAGGACGGUUGAGGAAAAAGGACGAUGGUUAUCUUGAGUACCACAUUCCAGCGCGGUUCACCAAGGAACGCCCUGCCAUCGGGUACACCCACGCCAACCUCACCGAAAUCGCCAAACACGACCAUCCAAUUGCCUCAAGACUGCCAAGACCAUCAACUCGCCCGGCAAUUGUCGGCGAUCCGGAAGAAACAGUAGAACUCGCCUGUGGCCCGGGAUGUCCCACCUCCAUCGACGAUUACCUCUACACAGACCAACCAAUCCUCGGUCUUCAUAUUGUCUCUUUCAAAGACGCAACACUGGUCACAUUGCACUGGCUUCACAUUGCAUGCGAUGCUCUUGGAAUGAAGGGGCUUAUCGAAGGAUGGGUUAACGCGAUGAAAGGCUUAGAAAUACCCGAACAACAAGGUUUUGACUAUGAUCCUCUGGCAGAAUUCGGCAAACAUCCUAAAGAAGUUCAUAGACUUGCGGAUCAACGUAUGACAACUACCUCGAUGCUUACAUACGCGGCGUGGAACGGGUACAGCCUCGCAUUUGCAAAGAAGGAGACACGCAUGGUCUGUAUACCAGGCUGGUUCCUCAAGAAGCUACGUGCUACUGCACUCGAAGAACUUGUCGCUGCUGGGGUCAAGAAUCCUUUCGUUACGGAGAACGACGUCCUCGUUGCUUGGUGGUCACGAAUUGCAAUCUCUCAUCUUCCUUCUAAUUCCGAUAGGCCUGUGACGAUCCAAGUGGGGAUGUCGCUUCGAAAGACACUUGAAAAUGAUCUUCUUCUACCGGACAAGCCGUUUGUUUCCAACUGCUUCGGCUUUACAAACUUGUUACUUUCAGCGAAAGAGCUAAAGCAACAGCCAGUUGGAGAAACGGCACUUCAAAUGCGCACUGCGGUGAACGAACAAAGAACAAGAGAGCAAGUGGAAGCGUACCAAGCUAUGGUUCGGGACUCAGUAGCACCGUUACCUAUAUUCUUCGGAAAUGGAAACACGUAUCAAAUAUCGUACUCGAAUUGGACCAAAGCUGGUUUAUUUUCGGCCGACUUCUCAGCGGCCUGUGUAAAGUCUCGAGAUACGCCAUUGUAUCCUUCAUACAUCGGGCAUUGUCAAGUUCCUUUCAAAUUUCCUGAGGGAUUCAUCAUUAUUGGGAAGGAUAUGAGCGAGAAUACAUGGCUUUGCGCGUAUCGGGUUGCGGGAUUGUGGGAAAAGGUUGAAAACGAGUUGGAGAAAUUAUAG